AUGAGAAUUUCUGAGGGUUCUCCAUAUCCUCCAAGCGAAUCUGACAUUUCCGACAUCGUACGCGAUGUCGAGAAAGAAGAUGCCAUCGAAAAACUCUCACUUCUCCCCAAUCCUCCCCUUCGAGUUCGAUGCAUAACGCCAUCUGGCUUUCGAGAUGUCGCAGAAGAGCCUGGACUACCGAAGCCGACUUUUCAACAUUGCGCGUACUAUAAGCUACCACCGGAUAUCAGACGAUACAUUCUGAUACUGGCUUUCGGCAAUCGUCGUCUCCAUAUGGACUUCUCUUAUGACUAUCCCGACAUGACUUCAGACCUCAUUCAGCCGUUGGAUAAGAACCAUUGUGGUAUCGUCAUGGAGAACAUGUAUGGAGACAAGCUACGAGUCGUCGAUGAUACGAAGCCAAGAUCAUGGAUUUGGUGGGGAUCCGUUUGCCAUCGACUCCCUCCAGACCUCAAUAUAUCGCAAACAGGUCCAAUGACCCAUGGAGGUCCUGAUGGUCCUUGGGCUGAUACCUGUCGUGUCGGUGAAGCUCGUCACUGCGACUCAUGGCCAGGUUCAUUGCCUGCAAAAUGUCGCAUCGGUGUGAUGGGAUGGCUCCAAUCUUGUCGCCAAAACUAUGCCGAAGCUAUCGACAUACUUUACUCUAAGAACACAAUCAUCAUGGCCAACGAAGCAAUGAUAACGCAUCUUCCUCAACUCCUGUUACCGCAGCGCCUCGCAUCCAUUACCUCAAUUGAAAUCAGCUGGAACUUGAAGUCUCAAUACGAAAGCGGGUUUUCGAAUGCCAUUGAUGAGGCCGAUUUGAAGCACAUAUGUGCAUUACUAUCCUCCCAUUUCCCGCAGCUACGUCGCCUUUAUUUGUCUCUCGAGCGUUCAAGGCGUCGUGGAUCAGGCUGGGGCUCUGACGGUUGGCCAACUAUCAGCCUUCAUCUGGACAACCUUGUCCGAAUGAUGCCGUCUCUGACAGAACAUGCCAUUUCGCUGCCUGAUGUACCAUUCGAUUCUAUCUUGUACGACGCAAAAGAAAUUGAUUUCGGAUCGUAUUCAGAAAUAUGCAAUUCUUAUAAUCAGAUCUGGCGAUCUACUGACGGCGAAAUGGAUGUCAUCCGCCUUCCACAUGUCGAUAGUUAUCCCAGAGCACCGUAUCAUAUAGACACCUCGACCUCCAAGGGCAACGGUUACUGGAUACUCAAUGGAAGCAACUGGCCAGAGAAAGAGAAGCUCAUCAUCGUUCCUCCAAUAAUGGGACUCAUGGAAGAAUUUAUGGGCCUCGGACCUCAUGAUUUCGAUGACUUUGAGUUUGCUUACCCUUUGGAAGACAUACCAUUAAAUUUCCCUAAUGUCGGCCUUGUACUCUACACAAUGACCGUAACCGAAGUUGGCUGCAUGGGCGUCAAGCCCAACAUGAACAUCAUGGACCAUACCACCCCAGAGGGGAAGAUACUGACCGACGCUUGGAAGACUGUCAUCAGCAAGCCUGGCGGUCCUCAAAGAGUUUACUGGGGCUUGGAGUCAGUUGAUAUAUCGAAGGUCUGGGGCUUUUUCGACUUUGGGUCGGUUGAGCAACAUCGUCAAUUUGCUGAGGAAUAUGGCGCAGAUGCAGUCAAAGAUAUUCCCAAGAUCUGCACGUAUGGAGAGUUCUCAAAACAUAUCAAAAUGGUUCCGUCCUCCGAUGUUCUUGGGUCUCCUCUCACAGAGGUUAUACUGGCAUACUUCCCCCAAGACAUCUCAGACGAGAAGAAAGAAAGUCUCUCGUCCAAGAUUCAGGAGAUUCUCAGACAGGCCUUUCCUGAUGAUUUUCAAGUAGCUCACGCCUGGGGCGUGGAGAAUGAUUUUCCAGCAAGAAGUGAAGAAGGACAGACAAGAUCAGUUCUUAUGGGUUUUGUUGGAUUUUCCCAUUCUGAGACUUUGGGAGAUCAUCAGAAGACAGAUAGUUGGAAAGAGGCACUAUCGAAUAUUGAAGGGCUGGAGGGCUCGAAAACACCUCCCAAAUCUUUCAUCACCACCGUCAGAACCCAGCCAAGUCUUCACAUGCACCACGGUAUGGCUGAUAAAGCCACCAGUCCAAGUGGUGUUCUCGAACAAGAACACAAUGCUCCUAGCGGACCCCUAUCGUUACAUCGCAAAGAACUUGAUCGUCUCGAUCCGAAUCGCCCGGCAUGUUUCCAAAAUCUCCCAUCAGAGCUAGGCUUCAUCUUUGCAGUCGUGGGUUCGAUAGCUAUUAGCGAGUACUUUGUUUCUGGUUUCAAUAUCAUUUUACCCUCGUUGACAGAUGCAUCGAAUGAGGGUAGGACGUGGCCUGCUGCUGUCAUCAAUCUCACCACCGCUAUUUUGAUCCUUCCUUUCGCCAGACUCGCUGAGAUUCACAGCGCAAGGCUCAUCUUCCUUUGCGGCCAUGCUUGGUUGAUUUUCUGGUCCAUCAUUGCUGCUUUCAGUCAGGAUUCUACGAUGCUCAUAGCCUGUCGAGCAAUGCAGUGUUUGGGUCCCUCGGCUUUCUUGUCGUCUAGUGUCGUUAUCAUGUCGCGCAUUUAUCGCCCUGGUCUACGAAACACUCUUACUUUCAGCAUUCUUGGCGCCUCUUUCUGUAUCGGUUUCUACUCUGGUAUCUUCUUUAGCGCGUUGUCUGCCCAGGUCCUUGGCUGGAAAUGGUAUUUCUUCUUUGGUGCAUUCUUUGGUGUGGGUGUCUUCAUCGCUGGCUUCUUGACUAUUCCAAAGAGCCAUGGAAACUCGCGGUCUGACUUUGAGAUGGACUGGCUGGGUACGGGUACUGUUGUACCGGGUCUUGCGUUGAUGGUUUAUGCAUUGACUAACGGACGAAACGGGCCUCGGGCUAAUUUAGCCUUGACCUUGGGUAUCAUUUGUCUUGCGCUGUUUGUUUACGUUGAGGGAUGGAGGGCCAGUCAACCUCUUGUGUCAGCAGAGGUUUUCAAGACGAAUUACAUGAGCCGAUUGGUCGUUGCACUCUUCGUGUCCUGUGGAUCGUUCAGUCUGGUUCUUUUCUACGCUAGGUUCCACAUCGAAUCAGUCCUGUAUACUGGACCUUUACUGACCACAGCUUGGUUCAUUCCUCUCACAGCUGGAGGUUUCAUUCUUGCUCUCGUCGGCGGCUUUGCUCUUCAUAUCCUCAACGGACGACGACUCCUGCUCAUUUUAUGCCUUGGUUUCCUCGGCUCCUUGAUUCUAUUUUCAAUCAUCCCUGACAGCGGGAUAUCAAACUCAUUCCUCUACUGGACAUUCGUCUUCCCCGCCAUGAUACUUGGAAUAGCUGGUGUAGACAUUACCUUUAACAUCCACAACUUCAUUAUCGCAACAUCCCUACCUGAUCAUCUUCAGGCAGUGGGAGGUGCGCUAAUCACCAGCCUGCUCUACCUAGGUAUGGCAUUUUGGCUGGGUGUUGUUGAGAUGGCAACAUCGGUACAACAGGAGAAGCGUGCCGGCAAUCUUGAUGGGACAAGUCAAUGUCAGAUUGGAUUCUGGACUGGUACUGGGCUGGCUUUAAUUUUCAUCACGGUGAAAUUGCAGUCCGCUAAGGCUGAUUUGACGGCUGAUGAUAAGGCAUAG